AUGUCUAAGCCUAAACCUAGCGCAAUCAAAGAUUUCGUCGCUGGGGGUGUAGGAGGAGUAUGUUGUGUCGUAGCAGGCCAUCCGCUAGACACAGUUAAAGUGAGAUUACAAACCAUGCCAAAACCAGCAGCUGGUCAGCCUCCCAUGUUCAAAGGAACCUUUGAUUGCCUUAUGAAAACAGUAACCAAGGAGGGUUUCUUUGGUCUGUACAAAGGCAUGGCUGCCCCAGUCACUGGAGUUGCCCCUAUAUUUGCUAUAUGUUUCCUGGGUUUUGGAAUUGGUAAACGACUGCAGCAGAAACAUGAAGAUGAGGUUCUGACGUAUCCUCAGCUUUUCAAGGCAGGGAUGCUGGCUGGGGUGUUUACAACUGUAAUCAUGGCACCCGGAGAGAGGAUCAAGUGUCUUCUACAGAUACAGCAAGAAGCCAGUGUAGCAGACCGGAAAUACAAAGGACCUAUAGACUGUGCUAAGAAAAUAUACAAGGAAGGAGGUAUCAGAAGUGUCUAUAGAGGUACAGCAGCUACACUUCUCAGAGAUGUCCCAGCCUCAGGAAUGUAUUUUACUAGCUAUGAGUGGCUGCAGAGAGUCCUUACUCCUAAAGGACAUGACCGCUCAGAAAUGAGCAUAAGUAGAACAAUCUUUGCUGGCGGCAUGGCCGGAAUUGCCAACUGGGCAGUGGCUAUUCCACCAGAUGUCCUCAAAUCUAGACUUCAGACUGCUCCUCAUGGGGCGUAUCCUAAUGGAGUCCGUGAUGUUAUAAGGCACAUCGUCAAAGAGGAGGGUGUCAUGAGUUUAUACAAAGGAUUCACUCCUAUUAUGUUGAGAGCUUUUCCUGCCAAUGCAGCCUGUUUCCUGGGUUAUGAACUGUCUAUGAAAUUCCUGAACUGGGCUGCACCAAGUUUAUGA